AUGGCAUCAAGCAAGCCUACCAUCGUUUUCCUGCACGGAAGCUGGCAUAAUCCGAAUCACUUCAGGCCUGUUAGAGAUGUUUUUGAGAGGGACGGCUAUCCAACUGAAUGUCCGCUUCAGCCGACCUAUAAUGCCAAAGCGGCACCUCCCGUUGUCGCCAUCGAAGAUGAUGUGAAGGUCGUUCAAGCUCUUCUCACGCACUUAUUGAACGAUGGCAAGGAAGUAAUUGCUGUUUUGCAUUCUUUCGGCGGCGUCCUAGGCACCGAGGCCAUCAGAGAGUCCUUUGGAAGAAAGUCACGACAAGAGAAAGGACUUGCUGGUGGAGUACUUGGACUUCUGUACAUGUGCGCGUUUGUAAUUCCGGUGGGCAGUUCGCUCGCAUCAGCUUUCGGAGGCAACCUACCUCCAUUUAUCAAAAUCAGAGACGACGGAUUAUGUAUGGUAGAGGAGGGAGAAAUCUUCUACAAUGAUCUCUCUGAAAAAGAUAUACUUCACUGGAAAUCCGAAAUGGCACCCGUUCCAUUGAUUACCCAGACCACACCUAUAACCUACGCUGCUUAUAAGCACUUUCCCGUCACCUAUCUGUAUUGUGCGAAAGACCAAGGUAUGCCCUUGGCACUUCAGAAAAUGAUGGUGCAGAAUUCUGGUGUUACUUUCAAGGAAGAGGAAUGCGAGGCUUCCCAUUCUCCUUUCCUUAGUAUGCCACAGACGGUGCUUGAUGUUGUCAAAAGGAUGUCUUUGUAG